AUGGUUUCAGACAACGCAACAAAGAACUUGGAUUUCAUCGUGGAACUUACAUCCAGGCUUUACGUGCCUCUGGCUAUAUUUGACGCUUUUCUUCUUGCCUGGUGUCUGGUGAAAAGUUUAUUUGAGAAAAUUUUAUCAACUGUUGGCAAAACUGAAUCAGAGACAACGCCGCUACUAGUACAAAGACAAUUUUCAGAAACCUCUAAUACACACUUGGCGAAACUCGCAAGGAUAAGUGAAGCGGAAAAAGAAUUAUAUUCUAAAAUCGUUCCAAAACAGGAGAUUUUCAAGGCUCUUUUUGAACUUCUCUUUUUAAUUUUCUUCAUUUCUUUAAAUGAAAGUCUACAGCUGCAGAGCAUAGCUUUGUCAAACUUCGCAGAGAGCCUUUUUGGGGACAGGAUUUUACUUUCAGUUCUUUUAUUGCUUCUAAUUUAUCGUAUGGUGUUAACAUGCAAACGUGAUUACUCAAGUUUUCUCCUAGUUUUGCGCGCUUCAAGCUUCACGUCAUAUGCUUUCCUUUUUUCAUCAAAAGUGUUACAGGUAACCUCUUUAUACCUGAACUACAAAAUAGGUAGCGGAGAAGGUAUAAAAACACUAAAACAACUAAUUUUAGCUGCUUUACUAUUUACUACUGCAUUAAUAUCAUUAGUAAAUCCACUCGUAUUAAAAUCACAAAAUGGCAUCACAAGUUGUGUUUCUUCCGAAGAAAAACUAUCCAUUUUCGAUUAUCUGACAUUUUCGUGGUUGGAUAGUAUGAUAUUUAAGCACGUGAAUGUCCCUUUAUCGCUGGAAAAUAUAUCCAAGUUGCCCUUAUCGGAUCAAUCACUAUUUAUCAUCAAUGACUUCUUCAAAGUCAAUGGCCAUGGUCAUCUCGCAAAACUGAUAAAGCUUUUCUGGAAAAAACUUUUAUUACAAUGCACAUGGAGCUUUAUUGGGGCAUUAAUCACUUUUGUACCAGCACUUGAAAUGAGAAAUAUUUUGAACUACAUUGAUGACCCCGAGAACUCAACUCGACGCUUUGCAUCAGUUUUUGUGGUAGCAAUGUGUAUUUCAAAGAUUGUAGCGGCGGUCUGUGAAACACAGGCUAUGCAUAUUGGAAAUCGCAUUUCAAUGCAACUGAAAACCUUGCUUACAACAGAGGUCUUUAACAAGGUUUUGAAUAAAAGCCUUUUGAGCUCUGGAAAUGCCGCAGACGUGAGCAGCAGUGAUGGGGAUGUACAAAAUCUUCUUGCAGUGGACAUAUCGGCUGUCUCUCAAUUUAGUUUAUCCUUGCACACACUCGUACAAUCAUUCACAAUGUCGCUAGUAGCUUUGCUGCUAUUGUACCGACUACUUAGCUGGUCGGCACUUAUAGGCGUAUCCACAAUGGUAGUUUUAUUUCCUCUCAACAUCAAAAUAGCAAAGAUGAUGAAAGAUUAUCAAUCUGCAGCACUGAAGUAUACAGAUAAGAAAACUAAUACUAUUAAUGAGGUACUGGGCUCUAUCAAAAAUGUCAAAUAUCUUAGCUGGGAAAUCCAUUUCCAAAAGCUGAUAUUAAAUUUACGGAGAAAAGAGGUUUCACUACUUGUGAAAAAAUUAUACUGCUGGACUGGGAUUCAUUUUCUGUUCUUUGUUGCCCCCACGCUAGUCACAGCAUUGACCUUCUCUUUAUCAGUCUUUGUGCAGAAAGAAAAAAUUUCUAUUCCUUGUGCCUUUACGACGCUCAGCUUAUUUGCGAUUUUGCGAGCUCCCAUUAACCAACUAGCGACUAUCUUGGGAAGUUUCGUCCAAAUCAGAGUCUCAUUUCACAGGAUAGAAACUUUCCUAAACUCAUCGGAAGCCAAAAAUUACGGAAAAUUAGGUCAAAGCUAUUCAAAUUUUAAAUUCGCAAACUCCUCAUUUAUUUGGAAUCAUGAAAAAUCUGGUUUUAAGUUACAAAAUCUAAAUUUUUCGUUCAAACAAAACGCACUGAAUAUUAUUACGGGACCAUCUGGCAGUGGAAAAACAAGUCUACUGCUCUCCAUUCUUGGAGAGCUGGAACUUGUAGAGGGGGUUUUAUAUGUCCCUAAUGAUACCCUCCAUCAAACAGUAUACGCAUACUGCUCUCAGACUCCAUGGAUUGUAAACACAACGUUAAGGGACAAUAUUCUAUUUUUCAAUUCCUAUCAUGAAGAUAAAUAUUUGAAGGUAAUUUCCUGUUGCGGCCUUGAUAGAGACAUUUGUGAACUUGAAGCAGGUGAUCAAACAAUAGUAGGAAAUAAUGGAAUGAAUCUCUCUGGUGGGCAAAAACAACGAGUUGCACUUGCCAGAGCGAUAUACUCAGAUUCAAAAUACGUCAUUCUUGAUGAUUGUUUGAGUGCAGUGGAUCCUGGCAUGGUAUCAUGGAUAUUUGAGAAAUGCCUCAAAGGGGAUUUAAUGAAUAACAGAACUUGUAUUAUGGCGACACAUAAUAACUCCCUCAUCAAUCAUCAUACCGGUUUUCUUAUCAAAAUGUGUAAUGGAAAAGCUGUGGUGGAAGACAAAAUGUAUAAUCCUGGCAAAGAACCUCAAGCUCACCCAAAGAAAUUCUCUCAAAAAUUUGAAGAACCGUGCAAACCCUGCCACAGUCGGUCAUUAAAUCCGGAAGCCACCAAUCUCAGGGAAGAAAGUAAGACUACUAGGUCAAUGAAUCACACGGUAUACUUGUGGUUAAUUCAAUAUAUUGGAGGGACUAGGAUUAUCUUAUUUUUCACGGUUAUGUUUUUUUUCGUUAAUGCCAUCGAUAUAUUUCAGAACAUCUGGAUAAAAGACUGGAUAAAUGCGGCUGAGAAAGAAAAUGAAUACACUAGAAUUACUGAGUUUUACAUGGGAACAUUUCUUCUAGUCGGUGUUUUAAAUGCUUGUAUGGUGUCCAUUAUUAUGUUUUGCUUUCUUUAUAGAGGCUUAAUAGCAAUGUCAGGAGUUUAUCAAGAGCUUUUGAAAAGCGUGUUGUACGCCAAAAUGCAAUUUUUUGAUGUAACCCCAGUAGGGAGAAUAAUAAAUCGCUUCACAAAAGAUUUUCAAAUUCUUGAGCAAGAUCAACUGGUGACCCUUCUUUUACUCAUUUAUUCCUCUACAUGCUUUGCUUCAAUUAUAACACUCAUAUCGAUAGUCACUCCAAAGGCUUUGAUUUUCUCCAUAUUACUGGCCAUAGCUUAUGCAUCUGUGGUGUUACUUUAUAUUCCUGUAUUCCGUGAUUUGAAAAGGUAUGAAUCUAUCACAAGAUCGCCUUUAUUUGAGCAACUUUCGGAAGCAUUAUCGGGAUUUACUACCAUACGUUCAUAUUGUAAGCAAGAAGAAUUUCUAUCGAAGUUCAUAUUUCGAAUAGAUCAGAAUAAUAUACCUUUUCUCCAUCUUGCUGUCGUUCAACAAUGGUUAUGUCUCAGGAUCGAAGUUCUGAGCUCGUUUGUCUUAGGUGCUUGUGGAGCUUUUUGUGUGUCAAAUGCUAAGGAAAUUGGAGCUGGUCUUGCUGGUGUGUGUUUGAAUUUAGCAAUGCCAUUUUCACUCAACGCACUGUGGAUAGCAACUGUCUCUUCCAAUUUUGAAGUAAAUAUGAUAUCAGCCGAGAGGAUUAAAGAAUAUACUGAAAUUCACUCGGAACUUGGUGAGCAAACAAUAAAUUUACCACAUGAUUGGCAUUCAAAUGGAAAGAUAGAAUUUAAAAAUGUUUUUAUGAGGUAUGCACCAAAUCAGUCAGAUGUUUUGAAAAAUGUUACCUUUGAGGUUCAUCCUAACUCAAGAGUUGCAAUUGUAGGAAGGACAGGAUCUGGGAAGUCUACAAUAUUAAACUUACUUUGUCGUUUCAUUGAACCAACGAAGGGGCAAGUUAAAAUAGGAAACGUUAACAUUCAAAAUAUAAAGUUAGAUGUUUUACGAAAAGCACUAACAAUCGUUCCGCAAGACCCAAUUCUUUUUUCGGGAUCAAUCCGCUCAAAUAUUGAUCCUUUCAUGAAACACUCUGAUGUAGAGCUGAAAACGCUAGUUCGAAAAUUUAAUCUUGUUUACACUGGUUUCUGCGAGGAUUAUCAUGAAUUUAUUAAUACUUAUGUUGAAGAUAGAGGAAAAAACCUUUCCCAAGGUCAACGCCAAAUUAUCUGUUUAAUGCGUGCCUUUUUGAAAAGACCCAAUAUUUUAAUUCUUGAUGAGGCAACAGCCUCGAUAGAUAACAAUACUGAAGUCGCAAUUCAAGAAGCCCUUCAAGAAUUUUCUACAGAUAAUAUCACUAUAACAAUAGCACACCGUAUGAGAACUAUCAUUGACUACGAUGAGAUUGUGGUGUUAGAUUCUGGAAUAAUAAAGCAGAUUGGCCAUCCAUAUGUCUUGCUGAAACAGAAAAGUGGUCUUUUUUACGAAAUGUGUAUGGAAAGUGGGGAGCUAAAUUUUCUAGAAUCUAUUUCAAAGCAAGCAUAUAUGGGAACAGUAUGCAGAGGUUGUUGA